CUUCUACAAAAAGUUGUUUGGUACAGCUCAGCUUCUUUGAUAGUUAUGAAUUGGCUGGCACUUAUAUCUCCUAGUUUAUUAUUUCAGUUGUUAAAAGCUAACUUAAAUUUCUGCAUAUUUACAUUGCUUUAGUUUCUGUAAACUUAUAUACACAUAGUACAAUUUAUAGGUGAUUGUGCUUAGGUUUAUUGUUUGAGGGAUGAUUAAUCUUGUUUAGGGAUAUAGGAUUGCAUACAAUCUCAUUGAGCAUUCUUCAAAUCUCUAUAUCUUUCUUUCUACAAAUAUAUGAGAUAAAGGUUUUAGGGUAAGAAUAAGUGUAACGAACCGUAUGCGCGGCAAGUUUAGCCCCUAAGAAAAAUACAAGUUAACUGAGAUUAGACGAAAUCGUAGUGCCUACUUGGAGAUAAUUCAGAUAUCUCGGCUCAGUCUACCAAUUUUAGGAUGGACUAAAUAAUAUAGUCUUCCGACUCAUAUCCUUAUCAAAAAAAAAAAAAAAAAAGUCUUCCGACUCAUAUUUUUCUCUCUUUCUACAAAUAUAUCCUAUUAUUAAUCUUGGAAAAGAAAUUUUAUAAUAAAUUCCUGGUCCUGUCAUCCAUCAUUUUCCUGACAAAAUCUGCAGACUGCAGUAUUAUGACACUAUCUCUGUUAGAUUUUUCUUUGUGAGGAAAAACUUGAAUUCAAAGAAUCCUUUCUAUAUGAAUGGAACUUUGAUGACACCUGGCUCUUUAGUUAGCAUCACAUCAUAAAUAUAUGAAUAAGGGAGAGGGAUUACGGUUGGGAAAUUGUCAUGUCAGGGACACCUUCUUAUGCUGGAAUUGGGAAAUGUGAAGAAGCUGUUCACUCCUCCACGAGAGGUGCAUGUUCAAGUAACCCAUUCCAUGCCACCCGAAAAGAUUGAAAUUUUUGAUUCUCUGCGUGGUUGGGCUGAAAACAAUAUCUUGGUGCACCUAAAGCCUGUCGAGAAAUGUUGGCAGCCUACUGAUUUUCUUCCCGAUCCUGCGUCUGAGGGAUUCGAUGAGCAAGUCAGGGAGCUAAGGGAAAGGUGUAAGGAGAUUCCCGACGACUACUUUGUUGUAUUAAUUGGGGAUAUGAUCACGGAAGAGGCGCUUCCGACUUAUCAGACCAUGAUAAACACUCUGGACGCCGUUCGUGAUGAAACUGGUGCCAGCCUCACUCCCUGGGCUAUUUGGACUAGGGCAUGGACAGCUGAGGAAAAUAGGCACGGUGAUCUUCUCAACAAAUAUCUUUAUCUUUCUGGAAGAGUUGAUAUGAAGCAAAUUGAAAAGACAAUCCAGUACCUGAUUGGUUCUGGGAUGGAUCCUCGCACGGAAAACAACCCCUAUCUAGGUUUUAUCUACACUUCUUUCCAAGAAAGGGCUACCUUCAUUUCACAUGGCAACACAGCUAGGCUCGCCAAGGAGCACGGGGAUAUGAAACUAGCACAAAUAUGUGGUACUAUUGCUGCAGACGAGAAGCGCCAUGAAACUGCAUAUACGAAGAUCGUUGAGAAGCUACUCGAGGUUGACCCUGAUGGCGCUGUAAUUGCUAUUGGUGACAUGAUGAAGAAAAAAAUCUCAAUGCCAGCUCAUCUGAUGUAUGACGGGAGGGAUGACAACCUUUUCGAACACUUCUCUGCUGUAGCUCAACGGCUUGGUGUAUACACUGCCAAGGACUACGCAGAUAUUCUGGAAUUCCUUGUGGCCAGAUGGGAAGUGGAAAAGUUGACCGGUCUCUCUAGUGAAGGACGCAGAGCACAAGAUUAUGUAUGUGGACUGGCUCCGCGAAUUAGAAAAUUGGAGGAGAGAGCACAAGCAAGGGCCAAGCAGCGAAGUCCCGUUCCUUUCAGCUGGAUUUUUGGUAAAGAGAUUAAGAUAUGAAUUCAGUGUUGGAGGGCACAUUACUUUCUUAUCAGUAUAAUUGCCAUACAUUUAUGUUAUGAAACUUCGGUACUAUUGUAUGAAGUCUGUGCAGUGGAGUAAGGCUAGAGUCUUGGUUUUUCUUUUUGCAAUUGUGUUUAGGCCAUAGGGUUUUUACAUGGUUAUUAUUAGCAAUAAAGAUGAACCUUUUGGUACC